AUGGCUGCAAUAUACACAACAAUUAAGGACAUCACUCCAACUACAGAAAGUUGGAAGAUUGAAAUGAGAGUGUUAGAAAAAUCUGGAAAGCGGACAAGCAAGAGUUCACCACUCAAAUAUCAAAAGCUUAUGUUAGCAGAUAAAAAGGGUAAUGAUGUUGAAGCAGUAAUAUUUGGCACUGAAAUUGAUGCUAGAGAAAACACUUUGGAAGUGUUCCACACUUACUACAUCAGCAACGCCUAUGUAAAAAAAACAGCCCCACCUUUCGAUAAAAAGCAAGACUACAAAUAUUCUUGGAUAGUGAACUCAAGAACAGAAAUCGAAGAAAUCCAAACAGAAGACAACCAGGUAUCAACACCAAACUAUGAUUUCAUUCCGUUUAGCAACCUACAUAUACCUAAAGAAUUCAGCAAACCAAUAGGGCUGUCUCUAUCGUCAUGCGGCACGAGUACCUUCAAAAUCAAUCCUCAACUCCCAGAGGCAGAAGCACUGAAGGAAUGGUAAUACUCAUAAAAUCAAAUACACAUACUAUUAUAGCUACACAUUUUACAAAAAAAUUAAAUUU